AUGGCGACACUAUCGAGGUCGUAUCGGUGUCUGGUGACUGCGCGUCCAAUAUUCGCCAGACAUGUAUUCGCAUCUUCUCUUUCGUAUUCGUUGAAGAGUCGACAUUCGAUUCCGCGUCAGUGUCAUGCGGCAGGGUAUGCGACAGAAGCUGAAAGUCCUAAGAAACCAUUCUAUGUGACGACGCCAAUUUUCUAUGUCAAUGCUGCCCCCCAUGUCGGUCAUCUAUAUUCCAUGGUCCUCGGCGACGUUAUCAAACGAUGGCAACAACUAAAAGGCAAUACCAACGCCAUUUUCCUCACCGGUACAGACGAGCAUGGAAUUAAAAUACAACAGGCCGCCCAAGAGGCUGGGAUGGAUACACAAUCAUUCUGCGAUAUGAACUGCAAGACAUUCAAGGACCUGGCAAGAGCGGCAAAGAUUAGCAAUGACCAUUUCAUACGGACUACGGACGAAGCGCACAAGGACGCCGUACGGUACUUCUGGGAGUCAUUACAGCAUCGGGGUUAUAUAUACACAAAGAAGCAUGAAGGCUGGUACUCUGUGAGCGAUGAAGCGUUCUAUCCGCAGUCACAGGUGGAGCCCUCUUUAGAUCCAGCGACGGGCAGGAAACGCAUGAUUUCCACUGAGACUGGUAAAGAAGUCGAGUGGUCGUCAGAGAUCAACUAUCACUUUCGUCUAUCCGCCUUCAAAGACCGACUUCUUGAGUUCUACGAGCAAAAUCCAAAGUUCAUCUUAGCAAAGAAUCAUAUGAGGCAUUUAAAAAAAACGGUUGAGGCUGAUUUACAGGAUCUAUCAAUUUCUAGACCUGUCGAGCGUCUGACCUGGGGCGUCAGAGUGCCUGGAGACGAUUCCCAGACCAUAUAUGUCUGGUUGGAUGCACUCAUCAAUUACCUGACCAAAGCCGGCUAUCCAUUCACUCCAGGAAAGGAGUCCGAUUUAGGCUGGCCAGCUGAUCUUCACAUCGUUGGAAAGGAUAUCGUUCGCUUCCACUGCAUAUACUGGCCUGCAUUCCUCAUGGCCCUCGACUUGCCUCUUCCGCGACACGUCCUCGUCCAUGGCCACUGGACAAUGAACAAAGCCAAAAUGUCCAAAUCCACAGGCAACGUUGUCAAUCCAUUUUUCGCCAUUGAUCGGUUCUCGGUCGAUGUUAUGCGAUUUUUCCUCACUCUUCGCGGCCCACUGAUUGACGAUUCGAACUAUGAGAACAACAAUAUUGUCAAUGACUAUAAGAAAUAUUUACAGUACGGAGUGGGCAACGUGUACCAACGCCUGAUGGGAGUCGCUAGAUUGAAAUUGCGUCCAAGUAUAGACGCAGCAAAGUCUGGCUUCUCGACUGAAGCGAACGAGAAUGACAUGGAAUUUGAGAAAUACCUUCAAGAAUUGCCGGCAAUCGUGGACAGGUUUAUGGAAGCUUUCAACUCCAAAGCUGCUCUUCGCGAGCUUGUAGACGGAGCCAUGAAGGCACAAAAUUACUUCCACCGCUCCGCCCCCUGGGAACACAAAGACGACCUCACCCGCUGCGCUCGCGUCUUGUACAACGUAAGCGAAUUCCUGCGCAUCUCUGGCAUCCUGCUCCAGCCAUUCAUGCCGCAAAAGAGUUCGGAACUUCUGGACCGGAUAGGCGUUAGUCGAGAUCUGUCUGCACGAGGGUUUGCGGCUGCAAAGUAUGGGGCAGAUUAUGAGUAUGGACUAGUCGAGAAUCCAGCUGAGAAGCGUCAAUUUCUUUUCCCGCCGCUUAUGGUUGAGGAUUAG